GGGACUUGGGUGCCUGCUGAGAGUCGCUGAUGGGGCUGAGGUGCAGAAACUCUGUAAUCAUUGUUCUUCUCCUCCUACUCCCCCCACCACCCUUUCUCCUCACCCUCUCGGUCUCAGCUCAAGACUCAUCCUCUUCUUCCGUUUCCGCUACAAUCUCCCGAUUCCAGCAAUACCUCCGGAUCAACACCGCCCAUCCCAAUCCCGACUACGCCGCCGCAGCCGAGUUCAUCAUCUCCCAGGGCAACUCCCUCUCCCUCGACUCUCAAACUAUCGAGUUCGUGAAGGGCAAGCCCCUCGUCCUCCUCAAAUGGACAGGCAAAAACCCAAACCUCCCUUCCAUCCUGCUCUACUCCCACACCGACGUCGUCCCCGCUGAGCCCCGCAAGUGGACCCACCCGCCCUUUGACGCCGUCCUCGACCCCCGCGGCGAUGUCUACGCCAGAGGCUCCCAGGACAUGAAGUGUGUGGGGUUGCAGUACCUGGAGGCCAUUCGCCGCCUUAAGGCUUCUGGGUUUCAGCCCCUCCGCACUGUAUACUUGUCUUUUGCCCCCGAUGAGGAGAUUGGCGGCCACGACGGUGCGGGAAAAUUUGUAGAUUCAAACGAGUUUAAGAACUUGAACGUCGGAGUCGUUCUUGACGAAGGUUUGGCCUCGUCCAAUGAGAAUUACAGGGUAUUCUAUGCGGAAAGGAGCCCCUGGUGGCUGGUGAUUAAGGCUGUGGGAGCUCCUGGCCAUGGGUCAAAGCUGUACGACAACAGUGCAAUGGAAAAUCUGUUGAAGAGCAUUGAGAGUGUGAGGAGAUUUCGAGCAGCACAGUUUGAUUUGGCAAAGGCAGGUUUGAAGGCUGAAGGUGAGAUCAUCUCCGUCAAUAUGGUCUCUUUGAAGGCUGGCACGCCAUCCCCAACUGGCUUUGUGAUGAAUUUGCAGCCAUCUGAAGCAGAAGCAGGAUUUGAUAUUCGGGUUCCUCCAACUGCCAAUCAAGAAUCUUUGGAGAGACGGAUAGCUGAGGAGUGGGCUCCUGCUUCACGCAAUAUGACAUUUGAAUUCAAGCACAAGGUAUCUGUCCAUGACAAGUUGGGAAAGCCCAUUCUCACAGCAACUGACAGUUCUAAUCCGUGGUGGGGUUUGCUAGAAGGAGCUAUUAAGAAAGCAAAUGGAAAACUUAGUAAACCAGAAAUCUUUCCUGCCUCAACAGAUGCUCGCUACUUCCGAGAAAGGGGCUUGCCUGCAAUUGGCUUCUCUCCUAUGGCAAAUACUCCUAUUCUGCUUCAUGACCAUAAUGAGUUUCUGAACCAGAAUGAAUACCUCAAAGGAAUUGGUGUUUAUGAGUCAAUAAUUCAAGCUUAUGCCUUGUUUGAUGAGCAUGCUAGAGAUAAAACGAGAGAGGAGUUGUGAGGUAGUAGCUGGGAGCUCAUUCCUCAAUCACAUGAAGUGGUUUUGUAAUGGGAGUCAGUUUUUGUUUGUGAAUUGUGUAAAAAAUAAGGGAGGGAGGGUUUUGUCAGUCGUAUUUGCUCAAGAGGGUUGAUUCAUCUAAAAUGCAUUGUUGAAAAUUGUGCAAGUUACCAAGUUACGGUAUACAUUUGCCCUAGACAGUUAAUGUCAAGUCACGGUAUUGUAAUUUGCCAUGGACAUUCUCUGCCAUAUACAUGAAUGUGAGCAAACUGGGACUCUCAGCUGCA